UUCUUCAUUCCCAGCUGUUUUCCAGCCUGUUUCUUCACCUCUCUCGACUUUCCAUUUUUAUAGCUUCUCCGCUUCCUCAAUAUCUUCACCUUCUGCAAUUAACUUUGCUCCAGUGUUGGCUUAGUUCACAAAGAAGCAAAUUCUCUAGGUCCAAUGGAUCCGUGCUCGUUCGUGCGGAUCCUCGUCGGCAAUUUGGCCGUGAGGUUUCCGGGUUCGUCGUCAUCUUCCUCGGGGCCGUCUGUUUCAGGAAAGAACCCUUCUUCUGCGUCAUCUCCGAACUGCUACUGCAAAAUCAGGUUUAAGAACUUCCCUCGCCAGAUCGUCACCGUACCCAUUUUGAGCCGGCCGGAAUCCGACGCCCGGACCGCUGGAAACACGUCCUCAAUCGCCGCUUGCUUCAGCCUAUGCAAGACCCAGAUCGAGACUUAUCUUAAGAAGCCUAAGUGGAGUGUUCUCUCCGUUGAGGCUUUUUCCCGCGAGGGCGGCGAUGGUGGCGCGUCGUGCGGACUCGCCGACGGUGGUGAGAAGUUUCUGGGCCGGUUCGAGGUUUCACUUGAUCUGAAGACGGCGGAGACGAGGGCGUGUUUGGCUCACAGCGGAUGGGUUGCGUUGGGUUCUAAGAAAGCGGGGAUGAUGAAGAAGAAGAACAAACCCGGGUCGGAUCCGGAGCUCCAUGUCAGAGUUCGGGUUGAACCUGAUCCGAGAUUCGUGUUCCAGUUUGACGGCGAGCCUGAGUGCAGUCCCCAGGUUUUCCAGGUCCAAGGAAACACCAAACAGGCCGUGUUCUCGUGCAAGUUCGGAUUCAGAAAUUCCGGCGAUCGGAAUCUGAUGUCGAGUUCAUCAAUGUCGGAGCUAAGCGCAUCAAGGAGCUGUUUAUCAUCCCUGAAAACAGAGAAGGAACAACAAUCCAAAGAGAGAAAAGGUUGGUCGAUAACGAUCCACGACCUCUCCGGUUCACCGGUCGCAAUGGCAUCGAUGGUCACACCCUUCGUCCCAUCCCCCGGGUCGAACCGCGUGACUCGGUCGAGUCCCGGGUCGUGGCUCAUCCUCCGACCCGACGGCUUCACCUGGAAACCCUGGUGCCGUCUCGAGGCGUGGCGCGAACCAGGCUUCUCCGACAACCUCGGUUACCGCCUCGAGCUCUUCCACGACGGCGUCUCCACCGCCGUCUCAUCCUCCUCGUCCAUCACCAUGAAAAAAGGCGGUAAAUUCUUCAUCGACUUAACCAACAGUGGUGGGAGCUUGGCCUCUACCCCGUCCACGAGCCCGAACGAGAGCUGGGACUUGGGGUCGGGUUCGAGCUCCGGGUCACGACCCGGUUCGAGACCCGGGUCAGGAUCCGGGUCGGAUUUCGGGUUCCUCCUGCCGCCUCAGCAGCAGAACAAAGGGUUCGUGAUGUCGGCGACGGUGGGUGGAGUCGGUGAGAGGAGCAGACUGGAGGUCGAAGUCGGAGUCGGUCACGUGACCUGUACGGAGGACGCGGCGGUGCACGUGGCGUUGGCGGCGGCGGUGGAUCUCAGCAUGGACGCAUGUAGGCUCUUCUCACACAAGCUGAGGAAAGAGCUGAGACAGCAAAGCCAAGUUGGUGUCGUUUGACGUGUAUUGCGUUGUCGUUUUGGGUGUGUCUAACUAAUGAGUUGUCUUCCACUCUUUUUCUUUUUUUCUUUUAGGUUUGGGAAAUUAGAAAAAAAAAAUAGAAUUUUGUGAGCUGGAUGUCAUUAUUAUGGGUUUUGAUAUACAUUUUUUUGUACAGCUAAGAAAUUGUAUUAUUAUUUUCAUUAUUUUACAGUCAGUGGGGUCUUUCCUUAA